GGUUUUGAAAAGAGGACAACAACUGUAGCGUGGACCGAAGUUGACGGCUCCGACGUCCAAGCGGAGGGCAAGCAAAUAAUGGUCGCAGAAAACGACGCCAUUACUUGCAUUGCAUCCGAUAUAAAUGGGAAAGAAUCUAAUUACUUGAGGGCUCGAAAAGACGUCAAACUCUUGGACCUUGUUACCACCUGCCGUAUCACGACCGAUCAAAGCACGUGGUGGGGACUGCGGAAUUCAACGGAAUGGAAAGCGAAGCCAAACAGUCAUGGAAGCAAUUUAUUCAAUAAAAGUAUUGGUCUUAAUACCAUCAUCUCCGACGAAUGCGAUAUUCUUAUCGAAGGGUCCACAGCGCUGCCAGCCGGUAAGGUGAAUUUGAUAGCUGAACGGGGCAAAGCGCAAAUCAAAGAGCGCAUUUUGACCGAUACACAGUCCAAAAAUUGGUCAGGCUUGACGAUCGGUUUUGGAUCACUCGGCUACAGAGCCGAGGAAUCCAAUUCCAUACAGGAUCGGCUGGCUGGCAACAGCUUCAGCGUGGGAGAGCUCAACGUUAAAGCCAAGCAGUUCCACGUGGAAAACAGUAUAAAUUUUGAAGUGGCUGAUGGUAUGGAGGUCGAUGUGGAGGAUGUGAAGUUUACCGGUGCCCAUCUGCGAUCGCAGUCCAGUGCCCAUUCAUUCGAAGGAUCUUUUUCCGCUUUGAGUAUGUGCCUUUCGUUCACGGAAGAUACAUCUGCAAAGAAAUCAUCAACGUACCAGAAUCAAAUUGUAUGCGUUGGUGGUAAGGUGACCUUUAAAAAUGUUAAAAAUCUGGCUAUGCACGAUGCCAAUCUCAAUGCGGAAGAAGUUACCGGAGAUAUCGAAAACUUGGACGUCAUAUCGAGUUUAUCGACUGGCGAAGAAACCAGCAAAAAGGAGACAGUGGAUUUCAAUUUCGUAAUGGUGAGCGGUAUUCCAGUCCCGGUUCCAGGGUUUGAUAUGAGCAACAGUCAAACAAAGUCCGGCCACGUGGAUCAAAUAUCCGGAAUUCAUUCAAGGAAAUCGCUACGCUCCAGUGAUUUGCGAAUAAAAAAGGCCAUGCUAACUGGCGCUUCGAUCACUUCGGACGGGAACGUUGAAAAUAUUGUGGAGAAAGUUGAAACGAAAGAUGUUGACGAGUAUUUAGACCAUGGCGCCAACUCCUGGGCACUAUCGGUAAAUCCUCAAGCGAACUCGUACUCCGCAGGUUAUUCCGACGCUUCCCAUCAACGGAAAGGUAAAGUCCGGGCAACUAUCGCGUCGACAUCAUCCACUGGAAACGUUGCAGAAGCGUACCACUCGGCAACCAUCAACCGCGAUGCGAACGCUAGACGCAUUGUCACCGAAGAGCACAAGUCUUCUGUUGGUGCAGCGCUACACGCCAGUAAGACCGGAGCAAAGGUCAACAUCAACGGUGUGGGUGCCGGGCUGAUUCUGGGGAAAGAUAAGAUUGAAGCAAAUAUCAGUGUGGUCGAUUUCGAAGCCGGUUUCAGUUAUGCGGAGAAAGAUGGUGCCGGCGCCAGAUUUCGCAUGGGGGAGACAGAUAUAUCUGCGGGAUAUUCUUUGAAAGAUGCUGGCGGACAUGUCAAAGUUAAAACCAGUGAUUUCGAAUACCGUGUUAAAGGCGAUAAAACUGGAGGAUCGGUUAAGGCCAAACACGGGGUUGUUGACAUUAGUGCAGGAGCUGGAAAAGAUGGUGGACAUAUCGGAGUAAAAACCAGUGAUUUUGAGUACCGUGUAGAAGGUGAUAAAACCGGCGGAUCAGUUACAGCCAUACACGGGGACAUCGACAUUAAUGCUGCAGCUGGAAAACAUGGUGGCUCAGUUAAAACAGCGAUUAAAGGUUCAGGCUUUUCGCUCGGCACAACGAAAGACGGGGACAUUGAUCUUGGCGCGCAACAUGAGGGUACCUGCGUGGCGCUCGGGUCGGAAAAGUCUGGUGGUUAUUUGAGAGGAUCCCAUGGAGGUGCCGGAUUUGAUGUUUCCAAGAACAGCGAUGGCAGUACUUUCAGCGCAAAUGCGGGUGAUUCGCGGAUUGAUUUCAACAGCAGCAAUAAGGGAAAAUUCAGUGUGGGUGCCGUUAGCGGUGAUACCGCUGUGGCCUUUGGUGCAACCGAUUCCGGAAAGUAUGUCAAUUUGAAGCAUGGUGACAGCGGUCUCGGUUACUCAGGUAGCGCGGAUGGUGGCGAUUUCAGCGCUAAUAUGGGCCAGUCACACUUGACCAUCAGUGGUAACCGAAAUGGAAAACUUAACAUCGACGCUGGAAGUGGAGAUGCAGCCCUUAGGUUCAGUAAAAGUAAUGGAGAAAGCUCCUUCUCGGCACGACAUGGCGACGCCAGUGUGGAUUUUAAAAAAAACAGCAGCGGCACUACCUUGCGCGCGGGAGCUGGUGAUUUUCAUCUCGGCGUUGACGGCAACAAUGACGGAAAGUUUGGGAUGGACGUUAAAGCCGGCAAAACAGCUGUUAAAUUCGGAAUGCACCAAUCCGAGGCGUCUUGGACAGCGACACACGGUGAUACAGAAUUUAAUUUAUCAAAAAAUUCCGACGGCACUGCGCUGGGCGUCAAAGUUGGCGAUAAGCGCUUUAAUGUCGCGAACCGCAAUGGCAAAUGUGUACUCGAUGCACAAAGCGGGAAGACUGUAGUUAAACUUGGUGGCAAUGAUUCCGGGAGUUUUCUGACAGCAUCACAUGGUGAAGCCCGAAUUGGUUACUCCACGAAAGCGACUGGCUCUGCACUGGACGUGGGUGCUGGCAAAUCGCACCUGAAGCUUACUAGCAACAACAAGAAAGGAGUGACCAUGAAUGCGGGAUACGACAAAACGGCGGUGACGUUCAACGCCAGUGAUGCGGAGCAAUCUUUGAAGGUUAAACACGAAGGAUCCACUGUUGGCUAUUCUGCGGAUGGAAGUGGUGCAGCUUUUAAUUUAGCUGCAGGAAAAUCAAAGUUUGGCUUAAACAGUAACAGCAAUGGUCAUUUCGCGGUAAAUGCGGAACAUAAUAUUCUGGCUGUUGGAGUGAUAGGAAGUAAGAACGGAGCUACUCUGCACGGGAGACAUGGAAAUGCCGCCGUUGCCAUCGAGGCUGAUAAGAAGAAGAUAACGGAAAGCUCAGAGCGGGCGAAGCGCGUUUCAACGCUAGUCGCGGCAAGGAUGGAGUGCGAGGGCAUUUUGAAAGUGGCGCCGCAGCCGUCACCGUGCAUCGGAAUAAACGCGACGGCGCCGACGGUACCGGUUUAAGAGCAACAAACGGAGCAACCACGCUUGACCUUCAACAAAACACCACUGGUGCCGUUGGCUCGAGUGUGAAGCAUGUUAAUUCGAUGGUUGGUUUGAUGGCAUCUAAAUCGACUGUGGCGUUAGCAACGAAGAAUAGCAGUGCUGGUGUCGUGAUUGCGAACCGGAACCGCGCUUAUAAUAAUCUACUAGACCAGGCAUUGAGUGGAUGCGUUACCGCUAUGGUAAGCAAAGAUAUCGCGCUGCCUCAAGGCGGCGAUAUGGAUACAACGGCCCUGGACGCGAAUGCAGUGUUGCCAGAACUGCAUUACGGAAAAAUGGCGAGUACGGCAGCCACGGACAUCUUUACGGAGCAGCUAAAAGUAGUCGAGAGCCGGCUUGUGUCGAAUACGGAAUGGGCGGAGGAAGCAGGGCUUAUCAGUCGAACCGACAAUUAAUGAGAAACCACGCUUUCAAUGUGUCGAGUUUC